UUCGACCUGGAAGGCUUCGGUGAGAUCCCCUGGCCAGACUUCAGGACCGCCCUCGUCCACCCGGAGUUCGUGGCUGCCGUCGACUUACAUAAGAGGGAGCAGCUGGCGGCCAAGGCUCUCACUCCCUCCACCUCCGCCAUCACCUUCCAGGACUUCGUUAAUGUGUUCCGGUAUGAAAGAAAACGUGUAUGGGCGAAGAGACGGAAUGUAUGGGUAACUAUGGUAGCGGUUCGGUUGCAUGGUAUUCUGUCGGAGCCCAAUGGAAAACGUAUUUAUAAAGUUGAAGACUCACACACGAAGACUCACACCAAGAGGCUCACACCAAGAAGAACUCACACGAAGACUCACAAGAAGACUCACCCCAAGAGAACUCACACCACAGACUCACACCAAGAAGACUCACCCCAGAAGAACUCACACCACGAGAUUCACCAGAAGACUCACCCCAAGAAGACUCACACCAAGAAGACUCACACAAAGACUCCUGAAAGACCUCACACCAGAAGACUCACACCAAGGACUCACACCAAGAAGACUCACCCAAGAAGACUCACCCCAAAAGAAGACUCACACCAGAAGAUUCACACCAGAAGACUCACACCAAGACGACUCACACCAAGACUCACACCAGAAGACUCACACCAAGAAGACUACACCAAGACGACUCACACCAAGAAGACUCACUGCAAGAAGACUCACUGCAAGAGGGAGACUCACUGCAGGAAGACUCAUACCAGAAGACUCAUACCAAGAAGACUCACUGCAAGAAGACUCACUGCAGAAGACUCACUGCAAGAAGACUCACACCAACAAGACUCACACAAGAUGACUCACCAAAAUGACUCAAUGCAGAAGACUCACAAGAAGAAGACUCACACCAAGAAGACUCACCAAGAACACACUCACUGCAAGAGACUCACACCAAAAAGACUCACACCAGAAGACUCACACCAAGAAGACUCAUCAGACUCACUGGAAGAUCGCAAGAAGACUCACACCAAGAAGACUCACUGCAAGAAGACUCAUACCAAGAAGACUCACACCAAGACGACUCAAUACAAGAAGACUCACAAUAAGAGACUCACACCAAGACGACUCUCACACCAAGAAAGACUUACACCAAAAAGACUCACACCAAGAGACUCACCAAAAGACUCACACAAGAAGACUCACCUGAAGACUUACACCAAAAGGACUCGCACCAAAAGACUCACCAAGAAGACUUACACCAAAGGACUCGCACCAAGAAGACUCAUAGCAGAAGACUCACACCAAGAAGACUCGUACCAAGAAGACUCACACCAGAAGACUUACACCAAAAGGACUCCACACCAAAAGACUCACCAGAAGACUUACACCAAAGACUCCACCAAAAGACUCACACAAGAAGACUCACACCAAGAAGACUUACACCAAAGGACUCGCAAAAAGACUCACACCAAAGGACUCUGCACCAAGAAGACUCAUACCAAGAAGACUCACACCAGGUAG